AUGGAGCAACGCCCGGUCCAGUAUGCACAACUUCCCAAGUUUGAGUACCAGACUUUCGAGCGUCACUAUCAGACCUUCGACCGUCAAACUUUUAGCUUUUCAUAUUACCCUGUCAAUACUGCAUCUACGGAUCAUCUGACGCCGCCUAAGGAUCAGGACAAUAACAACAACCCCGUCGAACCAGAUAAUGCCCCGGCCGCCGAGACUACCCCUACAGAAGGAUCCGAUAGUGCCCCCGCUGAUGGCUCAACGUCUCCCGAGUCUGAAGGUGCCACCGAAGCAACAACACCGCCACCAGAGGCUGAAGAGACCUCCAACGAUACGACUGCUGAAAUAAAAGAGGAAGGCGAGAGUCCCGCUCCAGAAGCAGACGAGUCCACCCCACCGCCAGAAGAUAGUCCUCCCAGUGAUCAACCUGUUGAGGAUGCACCAAAGGACAUAGAACCGGAACCAGUCGAAGCAGACGCUGCACCGGCGGAUGUAGAUGAUACACCGCCCGAGGAGAACACUGAAGCCCCCAGCAAUGAGGAUGACUUCAUAGAAUGUGACCCUACUGCAAAAGAUGACAAUGUCGAAGCCGAAAAAGGAGAAGCCGAACAACAAGCGGCUGAAGACGCCAAAUCCGGGGAUGGGGAAACGCCAGCGGAAGCAACGACGGCCGACUUGAUCGACGUAGAAAAGGACGGGGAGAACGCAACAGAACAGCCACCGGCAGACAGUAAAGAGGGCGAGGCUGAGCCCCCUGCUGAGCCCCCUACCAACGACAAGGGCACCGAAGCCAACAGCGGCGAUGCAUCGCCCGAAGAACCGGUCGCAGAUGCGGAGGAGGCUCAAGAGCAUGAGGCUAAAGCACAACCCGAGCCUGCGCCAGAACCCACGGAAACUCCUGUCGCCCCAGAAGGACAGGAGAAUCAAACUCCAGAGGAACAACCUGGUCCCGACACCACAGAAACUGUGGAUGAAGCACCAGCAGACGAGGGAACGCCAGAGUCGACAGAAGAUUUAGCGGCGGACAAUGCCAACGUUGAACCCGAAGCAGAGCCAGCAAAUGCAACUGAAGAGGCACCGGAAGAAACGGCCGCUGCCCCCGAAGAGUCACCUGAAGAGGCCGCACAGCCUGAAACAACCGAUGAGGCCUCAGCAGAAGUUGACUCCGGUGAAGCGCCAGCCGAAGAGUCUACCGAAACACCUGUCGCUAAAGAAGAUUCUGCUGAGACACCUACCGAGACACCCGCCGAGACACCUGCUGAGGAAGCCGCUGUCGUGGAAGAACCCGCCGGAGAAAGUGUUGCAGAAGAACCUCCGGCUGAAGAGCCCACCGCGGAUGAUACAACAGACGUACCGGCUGAGGAAACUACAGAAGCAGCAGAACCUACAUCAGAACCCGCCGCGGAGGAGGCAGCAAGCGAGGAGGUAUCUCCUGAGGAAGCCACGACUUCGGAGUCAGUCGAAGAGCCUACCGAUGAAACUCCAGCGGCAGCGGAGACUACUCCGGAAGCAGCAAGCGAGGAUGAACCGGUAGAUGCUCAAGAGCCAGCUGACGAAAAGCCGACCGAGGAAGUAGUUGCAGAGGAGCCUCCCGCGGAGGCCGCAGCAGAGGAAGUCCCGGCCGCGGAGGCCGCAGUCGAAGAAGCGACUCCGAACGAAGAUGCCGAGGGUGCCGCACCGGAAUCUGAGGAUUCGCCUGCUGAUCUCGCCGAGGAUGCGCCAUCAGAAGAGCCAGUUCAUGUCGAAGACCCCGAGCAAGUGACAGAAGAAGCGGCCCCUGAAGAGACACCAUCGACUGAGGAAGUGCCAGCAGAAGAGGGUGUCGGUGAAGUUCCUGAAGACGCUCCCGCCGAAGAGCCGGCCACAGAAGCGAUGCCCGAAGAAUCCGCUCCUGCAGAAGAACCUAUCGCUGAAGAACCUGCAGCUGAAGAACCUCCAGCCCCAGAUGAGACUCCUCCUGAACUUGCGCCUGAGGAGACUGCCCCAGUUGAAGAGUCUGCUCCAGUAGAGGCCGCUGCUGAAGAGGAUGUUGCUGCUGAAGAGGGAGUUCCUGCUGAGGAGCCUAUCGCCGACGAGCCCGCUGCUUCUGAAGAGCUCGCGAUUGAGGAACCUGCUGCUGUUGUUGAACCUGAAGCUGAGGCUACCGUUGAAGAAUCAGUACCGGCUGAGGAUCCUGCACCUGUCGAAGAAGCUGUCGAGGUGCCCGCCACCGAGGAACCUGUUACCGUUGAAGAGCCAGCCGCCGCUGAGGAACCCGUCGCUGACGAGCCUGUCACUGAAGAGCCCGCUGCCGAAGAGCCUGCCCCUAUCGAAGAGCCUGCCCCGGUGGAAGAAACUGUCGAGGAGCCCGCCGCUGAGGAGCCCGCAUCGGCUGAAGAAGAGCAAGUUUCGGUUGAAGAACCUGUUCCCGAGGAGAACACUGCCGCUGAAGAACAACCGCCGGCAGAAGAGUCUUCGUCUGUGGAAGAGGUUCCCGCUGAACGAGCUGUUGACGAACCCGCUCCAGUGGAAGAACCCGCUCCAGUAGAUGAGCCUGCCGCGGAGCAAGAGCCUGAAGUGGAAGAAGCUACCCCUGCUGAAGAACCCGCUGUGGUCGAAGAACCUGCUACAGCGGAAGAGGCUAUUCCUACUGCAGAAGAGCCUGCCCCGGUGGAGGAGCCUGAAGAACCUGCUCCAGCGGAAGAACCUACUCCUGCAGCGGAGGAGCCCGUUGCGGUAGAAGAACCUGCUGCCGUGGAGGAACCUGCUGCUGUAGAAGAGCCCGUUGCGGAGGAGGCUGCUGCGGAAGCCGCCGCCCCGUCUGAAGAGCCUGCUGCUGUGGAAGAGCCUGCUGCUGUGGAAGAGGCUAUUCCUGCUGCAGAAGAGCCUGCCCCAGUCGAGGAGCCUGAAGAACCUGCACCAGCGGAAGAAGCUACUCCUGCUGUGGAAGAGCCUGCUGCUGUAGAAGAGCCUGCCGCCGUGGAGGAACCUGCUGCUGCAGAAGAGCCCGUUGCGGAGGAGGCUGCUGUGGCAGUCGCCGCCCCGGCUGAAGAGCCUGCUGCCUUGGAAGAGCCCGCUCCUGCUGAAGAGCAGGCUGCCGCUGAAGACCCCGCUCCUGUUGAAGUACCCGCAGAAGAUAUAGCUCCUGCUGAGAGAGCCGUUUCUAUCGAGCCAUCAGAAGUUGCAGCACCCCCACCGGAAGAACAGGGCGAAAGCGAAGGAUAUGAAGCAGAUCCGAGCUCAGAGCCGUCAGAAGAAACCGAGGCUAAUGAUUCUUCAAGAGGUGAGGUCCUAGCUGGAGCCAUAGCCGGGGCCACAGCCGCCGCCGCCGCCGCCACCGCAGCAGUCCACCGGAAAGAUUCACGAAGGAGGCACAGAAAAUCACCCGACGCCGACUAUGAUCGGAAGGAGUCCAGGAGCUCUUCUGAUGGUCAUCGAUCACAAAGGCAAAAGGGUGAGCGUAUUGGCAUCGUGGGUCGAUGGGCACAAGCUUUACAGGAGUCCAAGAGGAUUCACGAAGAGAAGCAGAAGCAAAAGAUUCAGGUCGUUGAGAAAGAGCGCCGCUCUUCGGACCGUGGAAGAGAGAGAGAAAAGGACAGGCAGCGGGAGCGUGACCGGGAUCGCGACGAGCGAAAACGGGAACGGGAACAAGAGUACGAACGCCAACGUGAGCUCGAGCGUGAGCGCGAACGCGAGCAAAGACGGCAAGAACGCGCGCGCAGACAACAAGAACAAGAGCGUCUGCAACAAGAGCAAGAGCGCAAACAACAAGAGCGUGAGCGCAGACACCGAGAGCGCGAACGCGAGCGCGAGCGCGAACAACGUGAACAACUUGAACGGGAGCGGGAGCGAGAACGCGCAAAGCGCUCUGAGCGAAGCGCAAGAUCAAGGAACUUGGAACAAUCCGAACGAUCUUUGAGCGGAAAGGAGAGCGCACCCACCAGGUCACACCCACGGUCAGAUCACUCUGGAAGCCAGGACCGCGAGCGCAAGAGCAGCUCUUCGUCGCGCCACACCCAGUCCACAGAACCCAAGCCUCGCUUCUUCCUGAAGUAUAUGGAGGGUCAGUCAGACACCAAUGGUCCACUUCUGAAGAUCAACGCUGCCAAGGCCUCCGCUAACGUCUACAAAGACCGUGAGAGAAGGUCCUCCUCCCACCAGAGUCAACGUCAAUCGCAAGACGGCAAGAGCAGCAGUGAGCGCUCCAGUCGACCACGUCCCGAGGACGACGAAGAAGCUCGAGCUCGGCGUGAAGCUCGCAAAGAGCGCAAGAGGAUGGAGAUGGAGCAGGAAACAAGGGCAAGGGAAGAACCCGAGCAACGUCGCCAUCACCGUAGUAGCGGAGAACAUCGCCAUCGUCAUCACAGACAUCGACGCGAGCCGUCUCCUCCACCCAGCGGACCUUCCAAGCUGAAGACUCUCUUGGGUGCGAUUGCUGCUCACUGA